AUGUCUUUCGCCAACACCGUUCUGGUGACCGGAAGCAAAUCCGGCAUCGGCAAGGGGCUGCUGUCCACCUACGCUGCGCGGCCCAACACGCUGGCCAUCGCCGCGAUUCGAGAUGGGCCGGAUUCUGGAGCUGCCAGAGCCCUCACUUCCUUACCUGUCGGAUCUGGCAGCAAGAUUGUGGUUGCCAAGUACGACGCCUCAUCGAAGAUAGCGGCGAUUGAACUUGUCGAUCACCUCAAGUCAGUUCACAACAUCACGGCCCUGGAUGUCGUGGUGGCCAAUGCGGGUAUUCUGAAGCACUUCGGCCCUGCCAAAGAAGCGUCCGCAGAAACCAUCAUGGAGCACCUGCAAGUCAACACGCUGGCGCCAAUAUUGCUCUACCAGGCCACGCAAGAACUGUUGAAUGCCUCCAAGCAGACGCCAAAGUUCUUCAUCAUCUCUUCCAAUAUAGGCAGCAACGGUCUCCAAGACAGCUACCCCCUACCGAUGAUUGCGUACGGUAUGUCCAAGGCGGCCGUGAACUGGGCGGUCAGCCGGAUUCACCGCGAAGAGGACAGGAUUGCCGUGGUUGCCAUGCAGCCGGGUUGGGUUCAGACAGCCAUGGGCAACACCGCCGCCGAAUUUGCGGGCAUGAAGGCAGAAGAGGUUCCAGUCAAGUUGGAGGACUCUGUCAGUGGGCUGAUAUCCGUAUUCGACAAGGUCGACAAGGCCACGCACAGCGGCAAGUUCUGGGAUCAAAAUGGUGUGCAAAUGCCUUGGUGA